AUGGCGGCACCUUCGAGUUCCUCCAAGAAUGAGUUGAAGGAAAAGCUCAAAGCUGAAAAGGCUGCUGAAAAGGCAGCAAGAUACGCCGCGAAACAAAACAAGCAAAAGCAGGAGAAGCCGAGCCAGGAAAAAUCCAAACCUCAGUCCUCGAAGGCCGAGUCCCAACUUCCUCUCCCGCCCUUCGAAAACGACACGCCUCUUGGAGAAAAGAAAGCUCUCCAUUCCUUUGACCAUCCUCACUUCUCCGCCUAUAAUCCAAGCGCCGUCGAGGCUGCCUGGUACCAAUGGUGGGAGAAGAGCGGCUUCUUCAAACCCGAGGCCUGCAAACAGGGCUCAGAUGCCGCCGGCACAUUUGUCAUUCCUCUGCCACCGCCAAACGUCACUGGCGCGCUCCAUUGUGGCCAUGCGCUAGCCAAUUCGCUGCAAGAUACUCUCAUCAGGUGGCAUCGCAUGAGGGGCUUCACCACGCUUUGGGUACCUGGCUGUGAUCAUGCCGGCAUUUCCACACAGUCCGUUGUGGAGAAGAUGUUAUGGAAAAAGGAGCAAAAGACGCGCAUCGACUUGGGCCGUGAGGAGUUCGUCAAGAAGGUGUGGGUCUGGAAAGAUGAGUACCACCAGCGCAUAAACAACGCCCAGAAGCUCAUGGGAGGAAGCAUGGACUGGUCUCGGGAAGCUUUCACCAUGGAUAAGAACUUGAGUGCGGCUACUGCCGAAACAUUCUGUCGCUUGCACGACGAGGGUCUUAUUUACAGGUCCAGUCGGCUGGUUAACUGGUGCACCGCCCUCAACACGGCCCUGAGCACCCUGGAGGUGGAGAACAGGGAGAUCACUGGCCGCACGAUGCUUACCGUCCCCGGAUACGAGCGGAAGGUCGAAUUUGGUGUUCUCACGCACUUCAAGUACCAAAUCGAAGGCACGGACAUGACCAUUGAGGUCGCGACGACCCGUCCAGAGACGAUGUUGGGUGACACAGGCAUUGCGGUGCAUCCUGACGACGAGCGUUAUACCCAUCUCAUUGGCAAAUACGCCAUACAUCCGUUUGUAGAUCGCCGCCUGAAAAUUGUUGCAGACAGCAAGUUCGUGGACCCCGCUUUUGGUACUGGUGCUGUCAAGUUGACGCCGGCCCAUGACCCCAACGAUUAUUUGAUGGGCAAAGCUCACGGGCUCGAGUUUAUCAACAUCCUGAACGAUGAUGGCACGCUGAACGCCAACGCCGGCCCUAAGUUCCAAGGCCAGAGGCGCUUUGAUGCCAGAUACACCGUCGUUGAAGAACUGACCAAACUGGGACUUUUUGUCAAGAAGGAACCAAACCCGAUGAAAAUUCCGCUCUGCGAGAAGUCCAAGGAUGUAAUUGAGCCAAUCAUCAAACCUCAAUGGUGGAUGCAGAUGAAGGGGAUGGCAGACGCCGCCUUGGAAGUUGUGGACAAGGGCGAGAUCAAGAUCAGUCCCGAGAGCGCCAACAAAUCGUACCGCCGCUGGAUGUCUUCGGUAAAUGACUGGUGGGGACAUCGAAUCCCAGCAUAUCGUGUAAUCCUUGAAGGUGAAGAUGUUGCUGAGUCGGACGGUUCGGCGUGGAUUGCUGCGAGGAGCCCAGAGGAAGCACAGACAAAAGCCGAAGCGAAAUAUUCGGGUAGAAAGUUCCGUCUCGAGCAAGAUCCCGACUGUCUAGACACCUGGUUCAGUUCCGGCCUGUGGCCCAUGUCUACUCUAGGCUGGCCUAACACGGAGAGCUUGGACUUCAAACAGUUCUUCCCUACCAGUCUUCUCGAGACUGGUUGGGAUAUUUUGUUCUUCUGGGUAGCACGCAUGAUUAUGCUAAGCCUGAAGCUCACCGGCCGCGUUCCCUUUAAGGAGGUGUAUUGCCACAGCCUGAUUCGCGACUCGGAAGGGAGAAAGAUGAGCAAGUCACUUGGCAAUGUCAUCGAUCCUCUCGACAUCAUCUCCGGCAUUGAUCUAGACGAGCUGCAUGCAAAACUCUACGUGGGCAACCUGAAGGAGGACGAAGUCAGCCGCGCCAUCAAGUAUCAGAAGACCGCCUUCCCCGGCGGCAUUCCCGAGUGUGGAGCUGACGCGCUUCGGUUGACCUUGAUCUCGUAUACCACUGGUGGAGGAGAUAUCAGUUUUGAUAUCAAAGUCAUGCAUGCUUAUCGUCGCUUCUGCAACAAGAUCUGGCAGGCAAGCAAAUACGUACUCGGUCGUCUGCCGGAGAACUUCACUCCUGUGGCCAACCGCGAUACGACGAAGCUUUCCAUGCCCGAGCGGUGGAUUUUGCACCGCAUGAAUGCAGCUGUCAAGGGGAUCAACGAGUCCCUGGAGGCACGCGAGUUCUCCAAGAGUACACAAUUCGCAUACCAGUUUUUCUAUGACGAACUUUGCGACAUCUUUAUUGAAAACAGCAAGAGUCUUCUUACCGACGGGACGCCCGAGGCCCAAGCCAGCGUCCAACAGACUCUUUACCAAGCGUUGGACGUUGCUUUGCGUCUCAUGCAUCCGUUCAUGCCUUUCAUUACAGAAGAGCUAUGGCAACGGUUGCCGAAGCACGAGGGUGAUACGACACCGACAAUCAUGCUAGCGUCUUACCCCGUUCAUGACCCAGCCCUCGAAUUUGAAGCAGAUGCCCGCGAUUACGAGCUUGGUCUGCAGUGUGCACAGGCAAUCCGCUCUCUUACUUCUGAGUAUGGAGUGCGUUCGGAUGGGUUGGCUUUCAUCAAAGCCUCUGCGACGGACGCCUACACCAAGAUCGAGGAGCAAACCCCAGCUAUUAAAUCUCUCUGUGGAAAAGGUGUUGCGGAGGUUAAGGUCGUAGGACCUGAUGCCAAUGGCGACGCGAUCCCUGAUGGCUGCGCCGUCUUCGUUCUGACUGCGGACAUAUCUGUCUUCCUUGAACUCGGAUCCCGCCUCACUAACCUAGAUGCGGAGAUCAAGAAAGUGCAAACGAAGCUUCUGAAGAGCCAGGGAUUCGUAAAGAAGCAAGAGGAGUUGAUGUCCAAGGAAGGCUUUGAAGACAAAGUCAGUGACGUCGUACUCACAGCAGAGAGGAAGAAGCUGGCCGAUGCACGAGCAGCGACAGAGAACUACCAGAGGACGAUAGAGCAAUUCGAGAAGAUGAAGCUUGGGUCGGAAUACGAGGUCUAG